AGGUGAGCAGAGUUAAUUAACACUAAUGGCUCAGGUCUUAUAGCCUGAAAUGAAAUGACAUAUGUUUCGUGAUUGUCAUGACAACAAAAGCGCGUGAUUCGUAUUCAUUUUCUCAUGUCUCAUCAAGGAGCUGCUUUACAAAACUACAAUAAUGAACUUGUAAAAUGUUUUGAGGAGCUUUGCAAAAGACGAGAAGAAUUACAACGUCAAAUCCAACAAGAUGAAACUGAACGCGCUAAGCUCCAAAGAGAAAUAAAUGUUCUAAAUGAUAAACUUAACAGGGUUAAUGAAGCACUUCAGAAGAAACUGGCAACAAGAAAUGAAUAUGAUAGGACUAUUGCAGAGUCAGAAGCAGCUUACAUGAAGGUAUGUGUUGGAAUCUACUGUUGCAACCUCAUCUCAUAGAUCCUUGAGAGUUCCCAAACUCUACUGACUGUUCUAAAACGAGAAGGUCAAAAUAUUGUUCAAAAGGCAACGGCCAAAAAUGUUCCUUUGUAAUAAUAGACUCAAUAUGUGUUUAUUAAUUGUAAAUAACUGUGUUAUUGAGUAUUAAAGGUACUCUUGUGCUUUUCAUUUAAAGGCAAUAUAAUUUGUAAGCAUCUAAUAACCAUAAUAAUAUAAAGUAUACAAUCAAUAAAAACUGGGAGGUUCUUGAAGGAAACCUACUAAAUAACCUGAAUUUUAGAGUCAGCCAAUGAUCGUUGUGAGAUUUUGUAUUUCUUGAAGAUAUAAGUCUAUAAAUGGUGUUAUGUUUGCAUUUUAUUUUGUGUCACGGCUAAACCAGUGUGCAUAUAACGUUUUGGAUACUUUAGGAGUGCAUUCAUGUUUAAACUCUGCUUUUCAAGUAUAAUACGAC